GUAGCUGAGAACGCUUGCUCGGUUGAGUUAAGUAGCGACAGCUGUUGAGGGAAGCUUCGUCGCUGGGACAGAGGGAAUGAAAAGACUCAAGAGGAAGAAACAGAACGGCGGAGUUGUGGUGAAUGGGAAUGGAUCUUUCACAAGAGAGCCAGGUUGUGGGAGGAAGCAGAAGCUGGCUGAGAUCCAUCAGGCUUUGAUCAGUGAUCCAGUGGACAUUGAGACCUUGAGGAGAGCGGCAGUCAGUAAAGGAGGACUGCUCACUGAUGAGCUAAGGAGAAAAGUAUGGCCCAAACUACUGAACAUAAAUGUCUAUGAGCUACCACAUAAACCUGGUCGAGAUGUGAGGGAGAACCACAAAGACUACAACCAAGUAGUCCUUGAUGUCAGGAGGUCGAUGAAGCGUUUUCCGAAAGGUAUGCCAGCCACGGAGAGAGCAGUGCUUCAGGAGCAGCUCAUCGACAUCAUACUGGAGGUUUUGAAGCGUAACACUCAGCUGCACUACUACCAAGGCUACCAUGAUGUGGCCGUCACUCUGCUGCUGGUAGUUGGGGAACGAAUGGCCAUCGCCUUGUUGGACACACUGUCUAAUUAUCACCUCAGGGACUUCAUGGAUCCUACCAUGGACAGCACCAAACACAUUUUAAACUAUCUGAUGCCUAUUUUGGAGCAGGUUGAUUUGGAACUGCAUGACUUCAUGAUCAGAGCGGAGGUUGGAACCAUCUUUGCACUUUCCUGGCUCAUCACAUGGUACGGCCAUGUUCUCUCAGAGUUCAAGCAUACCCUGAGACUGUACGACUUCUUCCUGGCCUCACAUCCCCUGAUGCCCAUCUACCUUGCUGCUACGAUUGUGUUGCACAGAGAAAAGGAGGUGAAGCAGACAGAGUGUGACAUGGCCAUGGUCCACCACCUCCUCUCUCGUAUCCCCCAGGAUCUCCCAUACGAGCUUCUGAUUGGCCAGGCACAGGACCUGUUCGAGAAGUACCCUCCAUCAUUACUGGCCAAGCGGGCAGCACUGCAGUCUCGCAAGAGCCGGUCCAUCAGCACCUUCCAGGCAUUUCAGCUCUCCACCCUCCACCAGAGGCCGGACUCUGUUCUCCAGCGUCUCACAAAGGCCCAGGGCUCCACCACCUCCAGACACGGCCUGGAAGCUGCGUUGCCCGGGGACCGAGGCCAGCUGUGGAGGAGGGGAAACAGGAUGGUGAAGAUGGCAGUGUGGGGGCUGUCCGCGACACUCGGGGCAGCCGUGUUCGCUGUGGCUCAGACUGCCAUGGACUGGGGACCUGAGGCAUUACUUCAACUGUUCUGACGUGGCGGUGGCGGUGGUGGGAAUACAGACUAUUCAGCAAGAACACUGACACAUGCAGUAUAGGUGCACAUUUUUACAAACUUGAAGCUUAUCUUGAGAUGGUGAAGAAAAUGAGGAGGAACAAUAUUGGUGCCAAACAGGUUGUUGCCACUAAACCAUGUUGAACAAGCAUGCUGCUUGUUUUCUAUAAUUCAGCCUCAGGAUUCUUGUACACGUGUGUGUGUGUGUGUGUGUGUGUGAGCAGGAUACCUGAAGUAGAAAGCCAAACCGGUGACAAAGAGAUGAAGGUCACAAAUGGGUGCAAAGCAAAAGGGUUAGUUGUCAUUUUGUGGCUCUUACAGUCUGGGUGACUUGCUCCUAUAUAGGAGGGGAUUAUGCAUGUCCCCCUGUCAGCGGCCCUUUACAUAAGGAUCCGUCCGUGCACGUGAAACACUAACACAUUUUUGCUGUUUCAGGCUGCUGCUAUCUAUUUCUUGUCAGCUGACUAUUUUGCUGAUACUUGUUUUUAGUUCGUCCUGCCCGGUUUGUGUAUUUCUGUUAAAGUGUUUCAUUUGCUUUUUAGAUCAGCAGCAAUAUCUGAGAGCCAAAAGUGCCCAAAGCCAGCACAGUGACACAUGAGUACAAAUUAUUAAAGAGCGGCGUUUUCUGCUAAAAGCUUCUAGUUACUAGCAAAGAAGGGAAGUGAAAGAGAAAGAUGGAGCGAUGGAGGUGGAGAUUUUUCUUGUGAGCCUUGUAUUAAUUGCUUUACUCCAGGUGGCAGCCAGUUAAAUUUACAGUAGAGCGUGACACACCAAAUGAGCUUUUGCGCUAUCAAAAUAUGAAUGUUGCACUCAGUAACAAGGGUCGCUUUAUGCAAGCAGUGAUACUUUUUGGAAAAUCAUUUAGCAGGAGGUAUUGAAGCAGUUUUUUUAUGUUUUCAGUUGCAGUUUUGCUGCUGCUUGCUGCCCACCGCACUGAGUGAAUAUGGGGAAGAAACCAGUACUUUUACAUUCCUAAAAUAUUUAGCAGGUUUGCGCUGACAUCCACCCCGAACAGCCAUCACUAGAGCAAAAAUACCUCAUCUUCAUCUUUCUGCAGCUUAAAAAUGACUGUUUAGCUUUAAUCAGUGGACAAUUUGAACAAUUUCUGUAACUGAAAGAUUUUUACGUAAAUAUAUUUGUUUGUGCAUCUCCCCGAAUAGCAACACACAUACUUAGAUGCUGUUAAUGCCAAAGCUAAUCACAGAGUUUCAUAGCCUGAAAAGCGAAUAUUAAUAAUAGAGGCCACUUCCACCUGAGGUACACGCGUGGGUGUGUGAGGGGUUUCCUUCCAAACAGCGAUGCAUGCUCUCUGUUAGACUUAAAUAAUGAAUAAUUAAUCAGCUUUUACAAGCAUGUACCGAAGCUUCGCUGAAGUCACAACACUCCCCAGCCACCCAGCCUAUCCCCGCUGCUUCCUCUGUCAUCAGAUAUGAAUGUAUCACAUGUUUGCACAGCUCGCCGUGCAGUCUGCCCUGUUGAUUUCUUCUGCGUGUGAAGUCAGCCGUGCACAAUCAGUUGUGUCUACAGUUUCACUGUAGUAAAUUAGAGCUUCUGAGCCCCAAGCAU